CUUACAACACAAGAGAAGCCAGUGAGGGGAGGACUAGAUCCUCUUCUGAGGCCCCACUUGAAGAAGGAAAAACACCAAAACCCUCGCCCUUGCCCUGUCCAGGAGAGACAGAAGGGAACGGGGCCUGGUGGGAAAUACUUCUCCAUUAAUCUCUUUUUCCUUCCACCCCUGCCCUACACUUCAGAGCUCCUUUUGGGGCACAGUCUGUGAUCUCUACCUCCCGUUCUUCUCUGGCCAUGUCCUUAGCGGAGGCAAUCCGCCUUUGGAAUGAAGGGGUGCUGGCUGCAGACAAGAAGGACUGGCACGGAGCCUUGGAAGCCUUCACUGGAGUUCAGGAUCCCCAUUCCCGGAUCUCCUUUAACAUUGGCUGCAUCUAUAUGAUCCUGGAAAAACUGCAGGAGGCAGAAAAGGCCUUUACCAGCAGCUUGAAGAGAGACCAACAUUUAGCAGUGGCUUAUUUCCAACGAGGAAUAGUCUUUUAUAGGAUGGAGAAAUAUGACUCAGCUCUUAAAGACUUGAAAGAAGCACUGACUGAGCUCAGAGGGAACCAGCUGAUAGAUUACAAGAUCCUGGGGCUUCAGUUCAAGUUGUUUGCCUGUGAGGUGCUAUAUAACAUUGCUUUCAUCCAUGCCAAGAAAGAGGAAUGGAAGAAAGCCGAGGAGCACUUGGCACUGGCCAUGAGCAUGAAGACAGAAGCUAGACACUCCAAAAUCGACAAAGCCAUGGAAGCUGUCUGGAAACAGAAGCUAUAUGAGCCAGUGGUGAUUCCUGUGGGGAAACUGUUCAGACCUAAUGAGAGGCAGGUGGCCCAGCUGGCCAAGAAGGAUUACUUGGGCAAGGCUACGGUUGUAGCAUCUGUGGUUGAUCAAGACAGUUUCUCAGGAUUUGCCCCUCUGCAACCCCAGACAGCUGAACCUCCCCCAAGACCUAAAACACCAGAAAUAUUCAAGGCCCUGGAAGGAGAGGCACAUCGAGUAUUAUUUGAGUUCACACCUGAGACAUCAGAGGAACUCCAAGUCUUGCCAGGAAACAUCGUCUUUGUCCUGAAGAAAGGAAAUGACAACUGGGCCACGGUCAUGUUCAAUGGGAAGAAGGGACUCGUCCCCUGCAACUACUUGGAACCUGUUGAACUCCGGAUCAAUUCUCAACUUCAAAACCAGGAGGGAGCCUCUCCAGAUUCUGACAUCCCAGCACCACCCAAUUCCAGAGCUCCUAUAAAGCCCCAAUUGCUCCCAGGUGAGUUCACGUGUUCUUCUUUCCUCCUCCAGCAGGACCUCGCCCUCAGUGUCCCGGCGCCUUACACCCUCAAAGUGCACUACAAGUACACAGUGGCCAUGGAGACUCGUCCCGGGCUCUCCUACGCCCAGGUCUUGGACAUGGUGUGCAAAAAGCUGCAGCUGCUCCCUGCGCACACCAAGCUGAGCUAUCGGCCGGAGGACAACGAAGGCCUCGUGACCCUUUCAGAGGAAAACAUGAAGAAAGCGUGGAGCGAAGUGAAGAAUUACUGCCUGACCCUGUGGUGUGAGAGCACGGUGGGUGAUCAAGGCUUUCCAGAAGUACCAGAGGAAAAAGAAACAUCAAAUGACAAUAUCCAUGUAACAGUACCUCAACAGAAAGAAGGAAGCCAAGUAUUGGCACUAUUCAAUUAUGAGGCUUCACAACCGGAGGACCUAGAAUUUCUAGCUGGAGAUGUGAUCCUGGUGCUAUCAAAAGUGAAUGAUGACUGGCUUGAAGGAGAAUGUAAUGGGAAAGUGGGCAUUUUCCCAAAAGCAUUUGUUGAAGAAUGUGCAGCUACAGGACCAGAAGGCCAGGCCAUGAAAACCUAAGAAGUUUCAGGGCAGGCAAAGAAGUUGGAAAAACAGACAAGUUCUAAGCAUUUCAAAGAUGCACAACAGCCGGAUGUCCUGAGAAACAGUACCAGCUGGAGAAUGUUAACCUACUUUCCUUGUAAAGUUUUAUCUGAUAUUUUUAAACUCCUUCAUUAAAAAUCCUGUUACUUAAGUA